AUGCCAGGAUGCAAUGAUACCUGUGGAGGUGUGACAAUUCCCUUCCCAUUUGGAGUCGGCCCUGAUUGUGCGCUCAACGAUUCUUACACCAUUAUCUGUGUUGACAAUUACGUUAAUGGCUUAAAGCCAUACCUAUCAUUUCUAUAUCAAUCUGUUUCCCAGGUUUUUGUGGAGGUGCUGGAAAUAUCCCUGAUUGACCAAACUGUAACCAUAAAUAAAUCAGCCACUAGAAUUUGCUCAGAUCAUUGGCAAGCAGAUCUGACCAUGGCAAAUUAUCUCCUUGACGGGAGUCCUUUCUUCGUUGCUGCAGAACACAACAAGCUGAUGCUCGUUGGCUGCGGCAAUGCCUUCCUCAUGUCGGCUUCUGACGGUCCAGAAAUCUUGUCGGGUUGCACCUCCAUGUGUACUAACAAGAAGGUAACAGGUUGCUAUGGCCUCAAUUGUUGUCAAGCUAGCAUCCCUUACCAUCUCGGUUUGUACACUCUGAACAUAACAGCCUCGCAGAACUUUACAUCUCGAACCUGUACUGCUGCCUCCUUGGUAGACCAAAAGUGGAAAUUUCAAGAUUUGGACCCAAAAACUGAUAUGUUUUUUCCUCUUGUGUUGUCUUGGGCUUUCCGGAAUUAUUCUGACAUUGAUGGCAUCUCAAGUUGUAGUCCGAAAAUCAGAUCCCUUGCCAUAGGAUCCAGAAAUAUUCCCACCUACUAUUGUGAAUGCAGAGCCUUGGGAGAUGACGCUUGGUCUUAUCAUAUCAAUCCAUACUUAAGUGAUGCCUGCAAAUAUGUUCAAGAUACUCUAGACUCUUUUAAGUCCAGGAUUUUAUUUGGCGUCUAUACUCUAUUCAGGUUCCAGUGUAGGGGCUGGAAUGCUACUUCUCCUGAUCAUUACUUGAAUCCUGUACGGCAAACUGAAGAGGAUAUACAACAAUAA